ACAAUAAUGAAAGAAACGAGUUACAAUCUGAAAGUGGAAUAGCAAUGCUAGCAUAAUGUAAGACAUAUUAAGCGCUUUAUGUUGAAUAAACGUUAAAAAUACAGAAACCAUCCGGUGGUUUUUAACGUGAAGGAUUCCCGGUGGACCUGCAGCUGUUAGCGAAGCUUUAAUUAAACAGUCCUGCUUGUUUUUAGCUUCAGAGCUAACAGGCUAGCAGCUGAGAUGGAGGAAUGUCAGUUAGAUCCGCAAGAAGUGGAGGAGGCCAAGGCGUUCUGGGCGGAGGAGGACGUGGACCAGGUAUUCGACGGAGUCUACGAUUACCUGGAUCACCUGAAGAGAGUCCUGAAGAAGAACACUGCCACAGAUAAAGAGUUCGUUCAGGGUCUGAAGCUCCUUGAGGUCCUGAACUCUCCUCCAAUCGAGGGCCAGGACGCCUCUGUGGUCCAGGUGGUCAUCGGAUCAGAUGAACUCCCCCCCCCUGAGUUCUCCCCUGACUCCUCCCCCCUUGGCCCCCCCGCUGAGGAGCUGCUGCCCCCCCUCUACCUGCCGCACACCUGCAGCAAGUCCUGCAUGCCCAGCUUACCCAGCAUGCCUCAGUGCACCCCUGCGUUCUGGGGUCAGAACCCCCUGAAGGUGCCGCUGCUCUCCGGCUUUAAGAGGCUGACCUCCAUGGCGAUGUCAUCGGGGGCGGAGCCUGAGAAAGGGGGCGGGGACGUCCUGUACAAGGCGCCGUGCGGGAAGAGCCUGAGUAACCAUGACGACGUGAUGCACUUCCUGUUGGCGUCCGAGAGCUACGACUUCCUGCAGGUGGACUUCUUCACCUUUAACCCCCAGGUGCUCCUGGACCCCCCCCCCCCUGCAGGCCCCCUGGGGCCAGAGCAGGAUCUGAGUCGGGGUUUAGAGGCGACGCCCGUGCAGAUCCUCCUGGGAGGGGCCCCCCCUCCCAUCUUCCGCUACAGGAAGGAAAGAUGGCCGCACGGCUGCUUCCUGUCUCGCAGCCCGGACCUGUUCACUUCCUGCUGCGACUGCACCGACGGCUGCAGCCAAUCAUCGCGCUGCGCCUGUGUCGCCAUGACCACCGGGGGGCGGGGCUACAGCCACCACCGCCUGGCUCAGCCCGUCCAAUCAGGGGUGUAUGAGUGUGGCCCCUGGUGCAGCUGUGUUCGGGGCCCCUGUCAGAACCGACCCGUCCAGCGGGGCCUGAGGGUCCGGCUGCAGGUCUUCAGAGCGGAGGGGCGAGGCUGGGGGGUCCGCUGCCGUGACGACGUCGACACGGGGACCUUCAUCUGCAUCUACGCAGGCGUGAUGCUGCGCAGGGUGCAGAGCGAUCCCCCCCCUCCAAAGCUAACGAGGGCCGACCUGCCGUCGGACGACGAGGUGGAGCUGGUCACUGAGUGGCUGCCCCCCCACCAGGGAACCCCCCCCCUGCACGUCCCCGUCAUACAGAGGCCCCCCACAGGGCAGGAGGCGACUGAGGCCCCGCCCCCAUCCUCAGGUGAGUCAGGUGAUCCGGAGGGGGGGGUCAGGAAGAGCCAGAAGAAGAGAGCUCUGCAGCCGGAGGACGUUUACUUCCUGGACGCCAGCAAGGAGGGCAACGUGGCACGCUUCAUAAAC